ACGUCGACCAUAGAUAUAACGUCGACUUGCUGGAUCAUGGAGUGUGAUUUCUGGGCAAACGAAGAAGUGUAUAAUUACUUAGUUUGCAAAUAUGCAAUCAAUAGAUGUGAACACAUGUUGGAAUGUUACACUAAAACAAAAUUGGAAGACAUGCAUGGCAAAAUAAAUAACGACCUUGCCAGCAUUCCAGCAUGUACACAACAGUGCAGUGAAAAUGAUGGCGGUCAAACGUCAAAGUGGUGCGAUCAUUGCAUUGAGUGGAAGAAACUCCUGGAUACCUACAAAAGGCAGAAAAGUCAAAUUAACACUCAAAGAACAAAAUCAUGGUUAUGGUCGACAUCGUAUGAAGAAAUCAUCGACAUUUUCUUGCCUGUGAACUGGACAGGGUCUUUCAAUAUCUCUGAUAUUUCCUGCAUGUGUCACCUCUGGAAAAACUGCAAAAUGUUCGACAUAGCAGAAAACACCAUGCAGCGUUUAAUGAAGGUCAGAAAUGAAUACUUUGCACACAGUAGUGAAGUUACCCUUACCAUUGAUAAAAAAAUGGAAGUGUUCGAUGUUUUAUUCGACCUUGUUGCAGAAAAAGAUAUGCAGGCUUACCUUGACAUAAACAAAUGCAGACGAGAACUGAAAGAAAUUCAAGAUAAAGAAUACGUCCCUGUUUUAGAAGCUAUCAAUGAGUUGAAAAAGGAAAUAAGAAAUAAUAAUGCCGAAUCAAAAGAAAAUAGACAAGAGUUUAAUCAAGCCUUUCAACGGUUGUUGGACAAAACCGAUGAGAAACAGGUUGCUACAAAAGAGACAUGGAUUUUGCAGAAAGAAUUUCAAAAUGAUUUAGAGGCACAUAUACAAGAAUGUAAUCAAGCCUUUAAGCGUUUGUUAGAAAAAACAGAUGAGAUAAAUGUUGCUACAAAAGAGACUUUCUACAGUUUAAGGCAGAAUUACAAAUGUGUAUGCGCGAUUCUACUGUUUGCUGGUUUGGCUAUUCUGUUUUCUUUGAAACCUUUUCCAUCCCUGCACGACUCUGGAAGUGAUCUGUUGCCAAACAUCAAAAUAGGCCCUAAGCAUAACAGAGGCUGUUUAUCAGAGCAGUACACGUUCCCAUUUCCCCAGGACCUACCAUUGCUUAAUUUCCUUGGACAUCACCGGAAGCUAGUAGGUCGGGAAUGGUUGUUUCGAGAACUAGAAGAUAGUGUGCUGAAAAAUGACAACUUGCGGGGAGUAAUGUUUCUUGCAAAUAUUGGAUACGGAAAAUCGGCUAUUAUACGACAUCUUCUUUGUGCUGGUGAAGGAGAAAAGGGAUAUGAGCUAAGACAACACGUCAAGGCAUUUCACGUUUGUAAGUUCGAUAUUCGAAGUACACGGCUUCCAUCUAGAUUUGUACGUAGGCUUAUUGGCUUUUUGGCUACAGCUAGUGCGGAAUACGGCUCAAUUAUAGAGUAUCUAGGCAACAAUUCGUUAUUUUAUGACCAAAGUGCUUGCGAGUCUGAUAUAAAGGCAUGUUUUGACCUAGCAGUUACUCAGCCUUUACAACAAAUAACAGGCGAUAUGGAACCUGUAUUAUUUGCAAUAGACGCCCUAGAUGAAUGCUAUGACAGUAAUAAGGAAACUAAUCCGAUUAUGGAUAUUCUACAAUCACGACUUUCAAAAUUGCCCAAAUGGUUUAAGGUUGUAAUAACGGCUAGAAAUGGAACCAUUUCAGCCUGGUUUAAACAACACGUGCUUCUGCAAAACCUUCAGUUUUCUGACAGUAAUAAUACUGCCGAUAUCAAGGAAUUUAUUAGUGAAAGCAAUAUAACAAAUACUGCAAAGGAAGCAUUAUAUCAAAGCAAAGGAAAUUUCCUAUAUGUUAACAAACUUCUUGAAAACAAAGACAGUAUCGAAAACUACAAAGAUCUUCCCCAAAGUCUUGAGGAAAUAUACGAGGAAAACUUCAGUCGACACUUCGGUACAACGGAACGUUAUUUUGAUACGGCCAAACGUAUCCUUGAAAUCGUUUGUGCAUCGAUGUGUUCUUUAAAAGUUCCUCAAAUUAUGCAAGUACUGGGCGUUAACAACGAUAGUUAUAAUUCAUUCAACGAAGUUUUUGAAAAACUGUUUACGUUUUGUUUGACUGAGACUGACAUAGGCAUCGUAUUUGUUCACCAAUCAAUUUAUUCCUGGGUAAUAAGUGACCGUAAUGAAAAUUACAAAAUAUCUGUCACAAGAGGACAUGAAAUGAUAGCAAAAUAUAUGCUAUCUGCAUCAUACAGUGAAAAAACACAAAUCAAUAUUGUCAAAUUAGCUAUGCAUGUGGAGUCUUCUGGAAAUGAUAUACUUAAAAAAAAGUUUUAUUCCCUACAAAUUGAAAAUGUUCACCAUCUUUUGCAUCAUGCAAUCAAAAACACUUCUUCAGUUGAGGUUCUCCGAAUGGUGUUUCAUCAUGUUAAGCAUGAAGACCAUGUAGAUUCUAGUGGAGCAACGCCUUUAUUUUUAGCAGCGAUGGAGGGGCAGGUUGAACAACUCCGUUUUCUUGUUUUGAAAGGUGCAAACAUAUUCUUCAGAUACAACGAAAUUUCGUAUUGUCAGCAAACAUUAUCAGCAGCCUUGAAACUUACGCUUUCCAUUAAACAAUCUACUUUUUGGGGUUAUGGAUUACUACACAUUGCCGCAAGAUUUAACAGUACUGGCGUGGUCAAGUUUUUGCUACAGAAAAUGACCGUCAAUCACUUGAAUUUAAAAAGUGCUACUGGACAGACAGCCCUGGACAUUGCUUGUGAAUAUGGAUUUUAUGAUAUAGUUGUUGAUUUACACACAUCGGGGGCAGACCUUUCCAAAUGUAUGUCUUAUGCUUCGAGGGGAAACCACUUACAUAUAGUAAAGUAUCUGCAUCGCCAAGGACAUACUGUAAGUUGUGUUUCAUUAGAAGAUGGCAACAUUGCCCUUACUCAAUUGAUGAAUUUGUCACACUGUGUUAAAUCUUUUACAGGCUCAGGUUUUAACACAUUUGAUCUAUGGCAUCAAGUUUUGAGGUACAAUCCCUUGCAUGAAGCUAUCAAGUUUGAAUCAAACGAUGUAGGUCUGUACUUAGUAAAACAUUUUCCACAUUUACUAAGUUGCAAAACGUCUUAUGGAUUAACGCCAUUUUUGAUGACAAUUUAUUACAAGAAUUUCGAUUUAAUAAGAGUCAUGGUAAAAGGACAUAAUUCAGAUCGCUGUGGAAAUAUGUCGACAUAUUUACCAGAAGCCCAUGAAUAUUGCCCAAGUGGAGGCAAUUUUGCUCAUCUGAUUGCUCUAACUGGAAAAGGAGAUAUUGUCAGAUUUUUUAUAAGCGACCUUAAUCAAACUAAAGGUUGGGAUCUUCCAGACGAUAUGGGCAUAUACCCAGUACAUUAUGCUGCUUCUAAAGACAAUUACUAUUUUCUUGAAAACGUUAAUGUUUUGGCAUUAAAUGUUUCCGCAAAAACAAAAAACGGUUCAACAGCAUUUCAUCUAGCUGCACUUCAUAAAUCUAGACGAAGUUUUAUUGUUCUUAAAAUGCACUCAAACAGUUUAAUAAUAAAUGUUAAAGAUUCAUAUGAUCGGAACUGUUUUCACUAUCUGUUUUUGUUGCCAAAUUGUGAAUCAACGGACGAAAGAGACAGGGUGCAUUUUAACAUAAGGCAUUUUAUUGAAGUUAUGAACAAUGUACCAGUGGAUGACACUGAUAUACUCGGUCGGAACAUUUUUCAUUACGCGCUUUUAAAUGGUUAUCACGAUGAAUUUGAAACAAUGAAGACUAAUAUGGAUACCAACAUGCUACUUAAAAUGUUGAGUCAUGCUGACAUUUCUGGAAUGACCGCUGUCGAAUAUAUGGUGAGAAACGUUCAAAGAAGUAAAGUCAUUAAAAAGAUUAUUACCUUGGACUCUGUUGCUAUUACUAUUGAAGAUGCUAAGUCGUUUUUUUCGAAAGUUUAUGGUAUUGAGCCUUGGGAAAGCACCGUUGUUGGACUUUUGUAUUUCGAAAAACACAAGUUUAUAUAUCCAGUCAUUAAAAGAUCGCUUUUGAAAUGGUUAAGCACUGUGGUUUGCAAAUCUCCUUAUAUCUUACACACUCUUCUCAAAUUAUAUCCAAAGCUUGUAUCAAGGAAAACUUUGAUAGAGAGCAUUAUGCAUGGAAUGUCUUUAGCGUCAUGGAAUGGAUUUGAGAGGGUUAUACCAUGGUCUAUUUAUUCUCUUUCACUGCACAGAGUUGACUUUCUUCUUGGAUGUGAAAAGCCUCUGACAAAAUCGCCUGUUAAUUUUAUGCUGCAGCAGUUUUAUACUAACGAUCUACAAAUAUUUCAAAACAUAGUUUCACACGAAAAACGAAGUUGUCUUGAUCAAAAAGGGUUUUCCAUGAUGGAUUACGCAUUGAUUGGGGGUAAUAUCGGAGUUGCGAGAUAUCUAUUAAACGGUGGAUAUCAUCUUUCAAAAAAUGGCGCAAUAUCUAUAAAAGAACGGAUUAUAAAUACAAUUAAAGAGUCGCAAUAUUCUAAGUACUAUCCAUUAGCCGAAUAUGAACAGAUUUGUAGCAAUGCCGAUCAAAUCAACUGCACAGACAUGUUUCUCAGAAAAUUCAUAGCAAUUCACAGAGACAAACUGCUUUUUACAGAUUUUUGCGAAGAUAAAAAGCAGACCCUUUCCCUUAUUCACACUUUUGCAAUUAACGGAAUGUAUAAAACAAACACGAUUUUAUUUCGACUUUUUGGAAAGAAACUUUUGGAAUGUAAAACUUCGCAUAUGUUUACUCCUUUAUACUUUUCAAAAUUAUUUUCAAAAGACCGACUGACAAAAUUCUUAAAAAAACUUAAAGUUAAGAACACUUUACCAGAUACAUCUGAAGAGACAAUGUUAGUUUUUAACCUUGUAAAGCGUUUUCCGUUUACAAAUGUUGACGAUCCAUUGUUUUGUCUUCAGUUUAUGAGGCGGAAACAUGUUCGUUAUAAUUUACGACAUGUCCGAAAACAUUUCGAUUGUCUGAAUACAAAAAUGAAUAAAAGUGACCUUGUGUUUGCAUGCACAUAUAAGCCGUUGUAUUGGGUAUAUGCCUAUUUCAUACAAUAUGUGUCGGUUUUAAAGAAAAUCGAUGCUCUAUAUCAAGGUUAUUUGAUGAACAACCACAAAUGUUUUUCGAAACUAACUUUUGAUCGGUUUUCGAAAUCUACAAUAGAGCUUCAGAGUUGGGACGCCAUUCCACAGCCUAUUAUCAGUCACUUGAAAAAACAUAGAUGUUCACGUCAAUUAGUCAAACGCAUAAAUUCUUUACCAAGAAAACAACUUCUAAACUGCUCCAAAAAGUCGCCAGCCCUAUCUGUAUAUAAAAAUCUAAUCGAGAACCUCAUUGUUCGUUCUUUAGAUAAACUUGAUGACAUAUUUACCUAUUUGCAUAUUACGCACUUAUUGAUAAAAUAUAACAGGUUAUCGGAUAGGGUUUUUACCAUGCAAAGGCUGAACAUUCCUUCACAUUUGCGGAGGGAAUUGUUUUUGACAGUUUACUCGAACAGAUAUUCAAUGAUGACAUCUGAUAUAUUUUCAAAAACAAGGCAAUUUAUGUUGCAAGUAGAACGUACGAUUGCAUAUAAGGAAAUAAAAGCAACAGGUCCAUUAAUAACUGAUGUGGACUCAUGUAUGGACGAUAUGUAUCAGAUUCUUACCAACGAGAAAAGACGCAAAGAAAAAAUAUUCCAAUUAAACCAUGAAGACAAAAAUAAAGUUUGCUCUUUAGCUGGGUACGUCAAUGAGAUUUUGCUUCGUAGGGUAUCUUAAUUCGGAUGUCAUUGCAGCUAAUAAUUGCUAUAAUGUCAUUUUACUAGAAGUUGCAAUUGUUAUGAAUACAAUUUGUACAACUAUAAACUGAGAUUUUGGUCACAUGUGUAAUAUAUUGUUGUUUAUUGGCUUGUGUUCUCGUGUUGAACGCUGUAUAUAUAAUUACCUACAUUGAACGUUGUACAAUUAUGUUACAUAUAAAUGUGUUUUGUGUAUGUGUUUUAGGUCAUAUAAGUAGUGGUAUAUACUUUGACAUGUUUAAAUUGUUCCCUACCCGUCGUACGUCGUCAACAUGCUAGAAUCCACAUUUUCUAUCUAGUCUUCCUUUAGUCUGUAAUAUCCGAUUAUAGGUCAUGUUUGAUAUUAUAUAUGGUCACUAGGUCAAAUACUAGAGCAAAAAUGUUAAUUCCAUAUAUCCAAGAUUCCUGACCCAACUGUAUAGACCUACAAAAUCUUCCAUUAAAACCCCCCAGAAAAAAAAAACCAUGCCAAACCCAAAAGUGGGUCACUAAAUCCAAAUUCGAAAAUGUCUGCCACUCCAGAGGCCACAAUUUCAAUAAUUGUAAAUGAAGCGUAGAUAAAAUCUUAAUGAGUUUUAGUUUAAGUUUGAAUAGAGUUCAUGGUUGGUAUAGGUAAGUCAAGAGGUCAAAUAUUUGAAAA